AUGCCCAUGGACGAACGUGAACUCGGGCAGCGCGUCAAGGCGCUCACAAAGUGCGUUGCUGCGAAUGAGCCUCCGGAGAACGCCAUCAAGCUGCUCGAGACACUUAAGAAGGAUGCGUCUCCUACCGAAGAGAUGCUAAGGGCAACAAGAGCUGGUGUGUUUGUUGGCAAACUUCGUUCAAAUCCGAACAAAGAGAUCGCACGUGCGGCCGCCGAACUCGUGAGCAAGUGGAAGAAACUUGUCGAACAGGAGAAGAGCUCGAAACUCCAAAAGUCAAAGGUGGGAUCGGGAUCCCCAGCACCAGCUCCCGCACCGGCUCCCACAUCGUCUCCCGCGCCUCCUCCAUCGUCCUCUGGAAACCCCGGAGCUAAGUACAAGGGUGAUAUCGAGAAGCGCAAGUACGAAACCGACAACGUCAACGUCAAGCGAACCGACUCGGCCGUCCGAAACUCAUGCAUUGGUCUUAUCUACAACGGCCUGGCGUACCGAUCAACAACAUCCGAGAACGACGUCGUUAACAAAGCCGUCUCUGUCGAAAAUGCCGCCUUUGUUAAGUUCAAGGGCGAGACACCCGACUACAAGAAGAAGAUUCGAUCGCUUUUCACCAACCUCAAGAACAAGUCCAACCGAGAACUCGGAAAGAGCGUCUUGUCUGGGGAGAUUUCUCCGGAAAAGUUUGUCGUCAUGUCUGACGAUGAGCUCAAGAGUGAGGAGCAGCGCAAGAAGGAGCUCGAGCUGGAGAAGGAGAACAUGAAGAUGGCCCAGGUGCCUCAGGAACAGAAGAGUAUCAGCGAGAGUCUGGAGUGCGGCAAAUGCAAGAAGAAGCAGGUUAGCUACACGCAAGCGCAGACCCGAGCUGCUGAUGAACCGAUGACUACUUUCUGCGAGUGCAUGGCUUGCGGAAACCGAUGGAAGUUCUCUUAA